UUGAUCCAGUCGGCAGUAGAUGGGUAUAACGUGUGUAUGUUUGCGUAUGGUCAGACGGGUUCUGGUAAAACAUUCACUAUGAUUGGAGACCGAAGCCAACAGUACCCUGGGAUAGCGCCGCGAGCUUUUCAACGUAUCUUUCAACUUGCUGAGGAAAAUAAGAGUAAAUUUGAGAUGAAAGUAUCAACGUAUAUGUUAGAAUUAUACAAUGAAAGACUCAUUGAUUUAUUCGCUAAAUCUGGCUCCGAGGAGGACCGUCUAGAUAUAAAGAAAGAUAAGAAAGGAAUGGUGGUCAUACAAGGUUCGGUGCUUAAAAAAGCCUCCAAUGCUAAAGAGCUAUUCGCUCUGUUUGAAGAGGGUUCUAAAAAUAGACACGUAGCUUCUACCAAAAUGAAUGAUGAAAGCUCCAGAUCUCAUCUUGUUAUUGGAAUAGUGUUAGAAAGCACCAAUAAAGUUACAGGACAGAUUAUAACUGGAAAGGUUGGUUUUAUAAAUAUCUAUUUAGAUGAUAUAUUUUAG